AACUCACGGUCCGCAGCCAGCAGAACCGUGCCGAACAAAUGGCCGGAAGGCGCGCGUUUGCCAUCGGCGAAGCCGUUUCCACAAAAUCGUCAGUUUGGUGGAGAUUCUCACGCGAAUCAAACCAAUCGGAACACGGGAAUUACGGUGCACCGGACAACAGGCACGCAGACUUCAAGCAAAGUGAAAGCGUCCUCGCGCGUCAACCGUGUGCAGCCGCGUGCAAUUAUGCAAAUGGAUUAUGUGAGUGCAUGUGCGUGCUUGUGUGAGCUAGAGCAAAUAAAAUAAUUUCCAACCCAGCGGUGUCACAGUUGACAAAUCGGGUCCGGCGUGUGUGUGUGCUCCAAAGUGGUUUCAAAUCGACGCGGUGUAACGCGGCGUGAAAACGUGCCCAACAAUGUUGCCAUUUCAGCCCAAACAUUCCUCGGAACCGGUGUAAUUAAGUUAAAUAAACCAUUGCAGACGUGUCUGGCGGGUGCUGCCCAGGUGUCCUGCCCUGCGCGUCUCUCGCUGUCGGUUCAACUUCAACCGGAAACGUGGAAAUAAUUUACCCGGCGAAAAAAGGUGAAAAGGGUGCGCGACAAAAGGAUCUGACAAUUUGACACGCGUUUAUUUUCCGCUUUCGCGCGUGGUGUAGAGAGAGUGAAAGAAGAGUGAAAUUAUACCGUAAUUCCAAUUUGGCGUUUUUUCUUUGCUGGCUGGCUGGGAUUCGCCCUCCUCCACUCGCACACACACACAAAGCAGCUGACAGGUUUGACGCCGUCUGCUGAACCAGUGUCAACACGCGGUGAACGAUUAAAUUAAUUUUUAUAUUUAGUUUGCGCUCCUUCCGACCGACGACUAAGAGGACGGCCGGCUAUCGGAUUAGGGUUUAAGGGGUUUACGGAUGACAGUUAUUUAGUUGACGAGUUGCAAGACCGGCGAUAGAGGAAAAAAAGCACGGCAACGUAAUCUCACUCGCACACAACUCAACCGCGAUGAUGAACUGACAGGCCAGGCGUCACGGUGCGAAAGCUCGGUGUGCAGUGUGCAGCAACGACUUGACGAGGAAGCAGCAACAAAACCGGGACAAAAAUAAUGGAAGCAUAACAUCAACUGCAUCAAUCCAUUCCCACGGCCUGACGCGAUACAUACUAAUGAUUUAAUAAUGCGGGCGCGUAUGCAAAUGAAGGCUGCUGACGAUGGCACAUUCUGCCCGGGACAUCGGAGUCUCCGUCGUCUUGCGGCGGCAUCUCGAUCAUGCUGCUGCUGCUGCUGGUGAAAAGCCUUCGCUGGACGGUCAGGUCUGGGCAGCACAAAAAAUCCGCGCACCGAGUCCUUCAUCAUCACCGAGCGAGUCAAUAGAGGACAUAGAGUGGGCCUGCCGCCAGCCGGUCUCGCGCUAAAUCCAAACACUGCUGAAUCAUUUAGUCCGUCCGUGGCGGCCUAACCCCAGCGUGCUUUUUUCACAUUCUCACUUUGAUUUGAAGCGAGGAAAAAUUGCUUUCGAACCGUCAACCGCCGAAAAGCUGUGCGGUCUGGCCGCGUGUACGCGCGUACGUCGGAAAAGUGCGAAAUCUCCGCGCGUAUGUGCGUUCGGUUAGGUGCAGUGAAGUGAUUGAUGAAUAAUUUAAAAUGUGCUGACUACGGUUCGUUGGUUCGUGCGGCAAACCGAACCGGAGUGUUUCUGGCGGUCCUAGCCCUUUGAAGUGGAUAUCAUAAAUUAAUCUACCACCGAUGCCGAUCGAGCGGCUUUUGUGUUUGGCGUCGUGCAAACCCCAGCAGUGCGUGCCUCAGAAAGGGUGAAGUGUCAGUGUUCGGUGUUUCGUCCCUGACAAGCAAAAAGGGAAAGAAUAUCCUUCGCACCCUACGCGAGGGCCAUUAGUGUGUGUGUGUGUAAAGUUGUGAUGGUGUUAGAAUAAGCUGCCAUUGUUUAACUUGCGGUCAUUUGCUUUCCAAGACGCUCGUCAAGCUGCAACCAUUGAGCUCAGUAACGAAAUACUGUCCCAUCAAACGACCGACGGCUUUUCCGGGGGCGAUUCAAUUUCCUUCCCGUAAUUGCAGUAGUGGUGGUGGUGUGUCCAACGCAACAACGCACUUUAAUCACCAGGAACUAGGCUCCCCCACACUAGGACUCAGCCGCCGAGCGAUAGGAAAACCAACAUGGAAACACGAAUAGGAUUAUUAGGAUUAUUUUUCUAUUACUUCGUCGUGAUUGCUACGGUGCUUAACAUCAUCAGCGGCGAAGUACAAUCCUACUGGGAGCAACCCUUUGCGCAGCCUUACUUCGACAAUAGCACAAAGCGGGAGGUCACCGCCACCGUGGGCCAAUCCGCAUUGCUGCACUGCAGAGUCCGGAAUCUGGGCGACAGAGCGGUGUCCUGGAUACGGAAACGUGACUUACAUAUCCUCACCGUGGGCAUCCUCACCUACACCAACGACCAGCGCUUCCAGUCGCUGCACACCGAGGGCAGCGACGAGUGGACGCUGCGCAUCACCUCACCCCAGCCCCGGGAUUCCGGCACCUACGAGUGUCAGGUAUCGACGGAGCCAAAAAUUUCCCAAGCCUUUCGGCUGAACGUAGUCGUUUCGAAGGCAAAAAUACUCGGCAACUCGGAGCUAUUUAUCAAAAGCGGAAGCGAUAUCAAUCUAACAUGUGUUGCACUGCAGUCACCGGCGCCACCAUCCUUCAUCUACUGGUACAAGGGCGGCCGGGUCGUUAAUUACUCGCAGCGCGGUGGCAUCAGCGUACUGACGGAGCGACAAACCAAAACCAGUAAAUUAGUGAUUGCACGCGCCAUGCCGUCGGAUUCCGGCAACUACACCUGCUCGCCGAGCAGCUCCGACUCCGCCAGCGUCGUCGUGCACGUCAUCAACGGUGAGCAGCCAGCCGCAAUGCAGCAUGGCAAUAGCAGCGCUAAUAGCGUGUUAAUAAAUAAUCGCAGCUUUAGCCACCGUGGCCACGGGCACGGGCCACUGGACCGCUGGUUGGCCAGCGUAGGCGGGAGUAAAAAUUUAAUAUUAUCAUUAGCUUCGUCCGCGCUGUGCUGGUUGGUCAAAUCGAUCAGAUCUCCGUUCAGCGGUCAUGGCAGGUGAUUUAUGGCGUAAAAACAUCACCGAGCUAGUGGUUAAGAAAGGAUGCAGAGAGAAGCGAGCGCGCUCGGAGCGUAUGUCCCUACAACGUCCCUUCGGAUGGAUGGAAUGGAUAUAUCAUGUGAAUAUGAAUAGUUAGACAAAAUCUAGGACCUAAGAAACUGCUGCAGAGAGUAGUUAUGCGAGGAGAAGCGUUCAAAGGAUGUCAAUGUCCUUGGAGCUUUCGACAUUCCAAGAACAAAAACUGCAAGAACGACAUCACGGUUACAACAGCGAUGUGUGGUGCAACGCGAUCUGAGAUGUAUAGCACAAAUUUGCUAUUAGCGAAGGAAUCGAACUGGGCGACGGAUCCAUUGGCCAUCACAAACUCCAGCCACAGUUGCAACAUGGCCGUGUCAACACACAGAACAAUGCACCGUGCAAUGCGCCGAUCUCGAUGCUUCUGUUCCAAACUCGAAUUGCAAAUGUAAAUAAUCCAUUAACCGUCACAACUACAACACACACAUAAUGGAAUACCCGGAAGGGCUCACGACGCCAUACAUCUUGCAGUUUGCAAUCAGCAUUGCAACUACGCCACCAUCCUACAACCCACUUCAUCAUCUCAUCUCCUGAGACACAGUGGCUCACAAGCAAACCCGAACCCGAUGUAAAUAAGAUGGCUGACAGUCCGAUGUGUUUAAACAGAAAAGGAUACUCCACAAAUAGGCUCCACAGUAACAAGGGAACUCCGCAAUGGGAUGAAAGUGCAUGGACGGAAGUUCAUUGACUCCAGGAGAUCACGAAGGCGUGUAGUAUAAGGCUUGUUAUCACUAGCUGAAAACCCCACCCGUUUCCCUCUCCUAUCCUCCCAUGGUCUACAACCAAAGAAGUGGUAAUAUUAUCAUUUUCCAAACCCGAGCAUCAAACCAGUUGUCCGUUUUUAUACAGAGUCUGUACGCCAGCGCGUCCUUCAUUUCUUCAUCCUGCAGCUACGGCCAGUACGUUCAUUGUAGGGUUUUAUUUUUGGUUUCCUCCCAGGUACAAAGUCAGUUCUCAGAAAGGAAGCACACCAACCGCGCACACACACACCUCUUCCUUUGCAUGUCCCUCUCACGCAUUCGUUCACAGUUCGACCACCUCUUUAGACGCGUCAUCAUCUCAUCCUGCAGCAAAUACAUAUAUACGAUUUUACUGUAACUGUAAUGAUGUUGCAUAGACUCAAAUAAAUUGAUGAUUUUAUUUCUACGA